AGAAAGAUGAGGAUGAAGUGUUCUUUGGAGGAGUGAAUAUAAAAAAAGAAAUCCAAGAAGAAGAGGAAAAAGCAUUUGGAGAAAUGACGAUAAAAAAAGAAGAAAGAUAUGACGAAGAAGAAAUGUUUGUUGAUUUUUCAAUUGUAAAAGACGAAUAUGAUUUGCAAGAAGAAGACUGUCUAUAUGAGGAAAAGUGUUCCAAACCAGCUGAACCCGAUCCCCUUGGAGUCAAGCCCAAAGACUACAGCAACUACAAUGAUUACUUAGAUGAAAAGGUGAUGGAAUUUGAGAGAGAUUGGUACCUCAGCAAGUGGCAUAUUAAAUGCACGGAAUGCAACAGAAUGUUCAGGUCCAAAGGCAAUCUCAAGUCUCACAUGAGGAAACAUUUUCCUAUACCACCUCAGCCUAAGCCUAAAAUAGAUAAGAAAACUCAGGUGGCUGAAAAGACAAUUGAAGUGAGGACAGUUCCACCUGAAUCUUAUGACGAUAUAGAUGCAAAAAUUGAGGCAAUUGAACGGGAAUUGCGAGAUGAGAAGCUAAAACGAAGAAGAGAGAAACUUUCGGAAAAGACAUACAUAUGUCCAAUAUGUAACAAAGUCAUGAAAUAUGCGAGCAAUCUCUCACUGCAUGUAAGAGCCCACUUGAAUCCCGGCUUCGAAUGUCCACAUUGCCAUAAAAUUUACAAGAAUGAGCACAUAUUCGAUGAGCACGUAAAAAAUCACUCAAAUAAGGAAUUUUCCGUGCAUACGAUGAAAAGGUCUGAAAUCGAAAAGAGUCUUCUAAAACUACCCCUCGGCAUAGACAUUAAAUUGGUGAAGGAAUCAAAAAUAAAGAAGAUCGGAAUUCAACCGGAAAAUUGCGUAAGGUGCGGUAUCUGCAAGAGAUAUUUCCAAAAUAUUGAAUAUCUAAGAAGACAUCAAGCAACGAGCUGUAAAUUGAGGACUUAUCAUAAAAAUAAAAAUUGAUGAAAUUCUU